AUGGUUCUCUUAGGCGAUAUCUUUCCAAAUUUCUCUGCUAAUACUACUGAAGGUGAAAUAGAUUUUCACGAUUGGCUUGGUGAAUCAUGGGGUAUCCUUUUUUCUCAUCCUUCAGACUUUACGCCAGUGUGCACAACUGAGCUCGCAAGAGUGAUAACAUUACUACCAGAAUUUAUAAAACGCAAUGUUAAAGUUAUUGGUUUAUCAUGUGACACUAUUUCAUCACAUUCUGAAUGGUGUAAAGACAUCAAAAGUUAUGCAGGAUGCAAUGAUGAUAAAAAGUUUCCAUUUCCAAUAAUUGAAGACAAAGAUAGGCUUUUAGCUGCCAAACUGGGCAUGGUAGAUAAAGAUGAACUAGAUGCUUCUGGGAUGCCACUGACAGCUCGUGCUGUUUUUAUUAUAGAUCCUAAGAAAAAAUUUAGACUUUCCAUACUUUACCCAGCAACUACUGGCAGGAAUUUUGAUGAGAUUCUGCGUGUGUUAGACUCUCUCCAACUGACUGAUAAGGCUAAAGUUGCCACUCCAGUUGAUUGGAAGAUGGGCGAUGACUGCAUGGUUUUGCCGACCGUACCCGAAGACAGUGUAGACACAAUUUUUCCGCAGGGUGUCACAGUGGUUCCUCUACCAUCGGGAAAGAAGUAUCUCAGAAAAACUCCCUGUCCAAACGUGCUAUAA